AUGAGAUUGAAUCUACAGAAGAAAAAGAUUGGCAUUAUUGCCGCAGUUUCUCUCUCGGCUAUGUUUACAAAUGUAAUGGCCAACCCUUGUAUUCCCCAAAAAUAUGCACCUUACCCUGCUAAAUCUGAUUGUGUUCAAGAUUUUUACAACAAAGGAGAACCCUACAAUCAACUAAAUCUUAAUCCUAAUCCUAAUCCUAAUCGUUAUCCUUAUAAUAAUGGUGGUGUAUCCGGAAACGGUUGUAAUACAUGCAAGCAAAGCAAUACUGAUACAAGCAGUUUUCCCCCUUAUAGUCAAGAAGUGGAAUAUGUUAAUAACAACACCGACAAUACUCCUCUCUGUCAUCCUAAAUUAGAAAAUAUUGUAUCUAACACUGAUAAGCAAUUUACAAAAAAAUCUCCUAUAGAUACUGGUAUUGUUAUCGAACGUUACAAAGAUGCCUGCGAGUCAUCUAAAUUCGAAGGUAAAGUCGAUUUUGGAGACAAAGACACCUACAAUUCAUAYUAUCCUUAUGGAACGGGUAAAAAUCCUAGAUCUCAAAAUAAUCUCCAGACUGGAUUUGUGUCUGCUUGUAAUGAUAACAGUUUUCAAAUGAAACCAGAGUUAAACAAAGAAACCUUGGGAAUAAAACCGCAGGAUGGUACAAACAAUCCAGGGUGUUUGCAAUUUUUUAACUCACCCAUUAACACUAUUCCCACAAAUGGUAAUAAUAAUGGGGGUAAGGUCACACCGAACUAUUUUCAAACUCCUAAUCAAGAUUCAAAUGGCAAUUUUUCGAAAGGAACUAAAUGUUAUAAUUCUAGGCAAGGAAACGGUAAAACAUCAGGCAAACAGAUAGAUGGAUCAAUAUCUCUGAGCGAUUCUAGUGAAAUUUGUAGCCUUUGCGCAGAAAAACGAUAUGUUCCGCCGCCUUUCAUCCCCACUGGCAUGUUUACACAUGUAAACGAGACAACUGAAGCCCUAAUUGCUUUCUCUAGUCACGAAAAUUGUUAUGAACAACGCCCGCCCUCAAAGUUUACGCUUGUUUGCGACAAAAAAUAA